GCAGACGCUGCCGACGAGUGGGGAUAAAAAUUAGUUACGGCAUCUACCAAGUCCUAAAAGGAACUCCGUGCGCAGAGCGACCAGGCUGCUUCGUGCAAUGUUACGCGUUAAAUUUUAUUCGCGCGUCGUUGCCAGUGUUUCUUUAUAUUUAAGUUUGUGAAUUUCUCUUCUCUUGUGAUUUUAUUUAGAAAUUCAAAAGUGAGUGAAAACAUUAUGGCUCAUGGUGUGAGCGAUGUGCUCAAUAGUGAAGGAAGUUCUGUGAAAAUUGUGAUAGCUAAGCAAGAAAAUCAGCAUCCGCAUCAGCAAACGGUUAGGAAAACAGUGGGUGUGAUGGGUAGUCGAAGGAUAUUCGCGCCAGCUUUCAAGCUAAAAGUAUUAGAUUCCUAUAGAAAUGAUAUUGACUGUCGUGGUAAUCAACGAGCCACCGCACGAAAAUAUGGAAUUCAUCGAAGACAAAUACAAAAAUGGUUACAAUGCGAGGAUAAUUUACGUAGCAGUUGUCCGGAGAUUGGAGCAGAAGCAACUAGUACAACUAACUCUAAUGGAAUUUUGAAAUCAGAAGAAAAUUCUGGAUCCGACGUCUCCCCAUCAUCGCCGGCCUUGAACCUCAGUCUCGCCAGACUGCAUGGCGACGAGUUGUUGCCUGUUCAACAGGGGUCCCCACCCUCUCGAAAUUCACCCCUCACUGCUGAAUUCGGUUUCCUUCCCACUCUUCCACUAGCUCCAGUUGGCUACACUCCGGAUUUGCCGGAUCUUAAAUUCCUGCCCGAAUCGGAGAGAAAAUUCUACAUAUCCGAGAGAUAUGAACAUGAGUCCCCAUCGGGUUUUCGGGGUGAUGUGAAAUAUCAAACACUAACCCCCUAUCAGGAAGAAUCUCUAUCACAAAUAAGAAAUGUGGAUUCGCCCGAGGAUACUAGAAUUACAGUACUGAACGCACCGGCAGAGAUAAAGGCGGAACGAGCGAGCCCAGACUCAGCGGCGACGCCAGGGAUGUAUGAGAUGCCAGGAUCACCCAGUGCUUCGCUGGUCUCAUUUUUAUCUCCACAUCAUCAGACCCCUCACUUUGAACCAACACAACAAAGUCCCUCUAUGCACUAUGUUCGUGAGCACCAACACCCUUACCAGGAUUCCAAGAAGCCCUGUUGCCAAGAAGACGAGAAACGAGAGACAAAGAUAGAACUAGAAUUUCAGAAGGAAGAAGAUGGUCCAGACUCCUAUUCAACCUCUUCGAGUCCACAUGGUCCGGUCAGUUCCAGCAGCAGUUGCUCCGAGAGCGAAAUAGAUGCCAUCGACAAUUCCCCAACAAGUGAACUAACAAGAAGACGAUCAUUCUCCCUCCGCUUCAAAAUCAACGUCCUCGACGCCUUUCAUCAAGACGUCAUUGUCUCUGGCAAUCAACGUGCCACUGCCCGAAAAUUCGGCAUUAAUCGUCGUCAAGUGCAAAAAUGGCUCGGUCAAGAGACCGAACUCCGAGGUGAAAUCGCACGUCGUGGCGGUAAUUCCCGCCAACGUUUAGGCUCAAAUGAUUACAAACUACCGGAAGAAGCACCCGUGGAUCUAAGAACCGGAGGACUUUACUGUUGUGAAACAUCACCAACAAGACUUUGUUCCCUAUCGUGUUGCACCGACAAUGCCAUAUGCUAUCAAGAGAAUUUCUCGAAUUUCAAGACCAACAAGGAUACGAACCAAUAUUACAACAAUAUUACCCCGAGUGACAAUAAACGAUCAGCUUCUGAUUUCUGCUGCUAUCGAGUGACACCAUCGCCGAAGAAACUCUGCCUUGAGGGAGCGAAGCAGACACAUCUACCUCCACAGGAAACACCAUUGUGCCUAGUAAAGCCGAAAAUGAAUCCACAAAUUGAAAUUGUCAGCAGUACAGUACAAACGGGACCCAUUGCACCAGUUACAACUUCCACACCACCGUCUUCGAAGAAGGAUGCCAUUUUAUUUAAACCCUAUUUGGAUAAUCCAAUCAGCAAACCUACGGAUCAUGGUCUUUCGAUGAUGAACACCAACAACAAUAAUAAUUGCCAGGGCAUUUGCAAUCUGAAUGAAGGGAGGGGCUACGAUUAUGCCCUUGAACUCAGUCUAAGGGUACCUAUCUCAUGGAGAGCACAGCACACUUCUUACUGUGAUUUUCCCUCUCCUGUUAGGAGCGCCUUUGUUAGGUAUCCAACCAGUCCUCAUUAUACCUAAAUCAUAGCUUUUUGUUUCGAGAUAAAAAAUUUGUGAAUCAUAUCAGAAAUAUGUAUACAAUGUACGUAUAUUUUUAAAACAGCUUUAAUUUUUUUUAGAUUUUUAGUCAAAUGGAGGGAAAAAAAGGCGGUUUUUUUGUUUAAAUUGUUUCCGUGGGGAAAUUUAUCAUUUUUGAGACUAUUCUGGAACAUGGUUGAAUUCUAGAUUUUUGAAAUCGGAAAUUUAAAAAGUUUAAGGAGUUUUUAUAGAAAGACUAAAGCUUGGAGGAUAAAAUUCUAGAGACUAGCAAAAAAGAAACAUUUUCUAGAUUUUUUUGUAAAAGUAAAUUUUAUUUUUAUUAAUAAUUCUGAACGACAAGAAAAAUACAUCUUUUAAUAUUUAAAAAGUUUCUAUAAUCCCUAACAAGCAGGCCUUGGAUAUUAUGACUAUUUCGACUUUUUUCGAUUAUUUUCCAAAAAAAUUCGACUUUUUUCGACUUAUUUUCAAAAAUUACGACUUUUUCGACUUUUCCAUCAAAUAUUGAAAUAAUUUAUAGUAUGAAA